AUGCAGUUGCUGUUGCUCAAACAAACCCGUAAAACUUCUAUUAAUCCCUUGGAACUAAGCCGCGAGACGCUCACCUUUGAUUUCCUCUGUCCGGCGCGGCCAUCCCCGCCGCCGGUGAUCACCGUCAUCACCUUGCGCCGCCGCUUCUCCGCGCUGAUCUUCUUCGCGAACUUCACCUUUAGCCGGCUGGUGAGUACCGCCCGGCUCCACCUCGACCGGCCCCUCGCGGUCGCCGCCAGGACCCGAUCCGCCGCCUCGUGCACCCGCCGCGAGGCGGAUAGCGGUGUCCCGCCGCCUCGCCGGACCUGCUGCAGUGCGCGGCGGAGCUUCGCCGAGUAG